GUUACAAAGGAAGACCUCUGCCUGCCUCCUUUGUCCUGGAUUUGGGAGUUGAGCGCCUUCGUCGCCAUUGGCUUUCCUCCCCCAGCUCCAGCCUCUCUCAUCUUGAAAAUCUGCGUCAGAAGUCACUCGCAGUCCCGCCAGCCCAGCAAGAAGUAAAGCAGGUCACCAGCAAUUUUGAGAGCUUACAGAAACAGCUUGCAAGGAAAAUGAAGCUUCCUAUUUUCAUAGCCGAUGCAUUCACAGCAAAAGCAUUUCGGGGUAAUCCUGCUGCUGUUUGUCUCCUAGAAAACAAAUUGGAUGAAGACAUGCAUCAAAAAAUUGCAAGGGAAAUGAACCUCUCAGAAACUGCGUUUAUCCGAAAGCUGCACCCAACUGACAAUUUUACACAAAGCUCCUGCUUUGGAUUAAGGUGGUUUACACCAACGAGUGAGGUCCCUCUCUGUGGCCAUGCUACCCUGGCUUCUGCAGCUGUGCUGUUUCACAAAAUAAAAAAUGUGAACAGUACGCUAACCUUUGUCACGCUGAGUGGGGAACUCAAGGCCAGAAGAGCAGAGGACGGCAUUGUCCUGGACUUGCCUCUUUAUCCAGUCCAACCCCAGGACUUUCAUGAAGUAAAGGACUUGAUUGAGACUGCCAUAGGGGAUACACUGGUCCAGGACAUCCGUUAUUCUCCAGAUACCCGAAAGCUCCUUGUCCGGCUCAGUGAUACUUAUGACAGGUCAUUUCUGGAGAAACUGAAGGUGAACACACAGAAUCUGCUGCAAGUGGAGAACUCAGGGAAGGUGAAAGGACUCAUUCUCACCCUUAAAGGACAGCCUGGUGGGGAGACCCAAUUUGACUUUUACUCCAGAUAUUUUUCACCAUGGUUUGGUGUGGCGGAAGACCCUGUAACAGGGUCUGCACAUACUGUUCUCAGCAGCUACUGGUCCCAGCAACUGGGGAAGAAAAAUAUGCGUGCCUUUCAGUGUUCCAGCCGAGGAGGAGAACUGGAGAUUUCACUGCGCUCUGAUGGACGAGUUGACCUUAGGGGAGGUGCUGCUGUUGUUUUAGAGGGCACACUGACAGCCUAGAGGUGGCUGUGCUGAGAUGCUGCUGUCUUGCUUGAAUGGCUUUUCAUAAAGAGAAACAUAAGGGGCUGACUUUAGCACACUUGUGCAGUAGUCUACUUAACCUCAUGUUAGAAAUAGAAAAAUGAAGACAUAUUAAUAGAGAUUUAAUGACACGCCCUGACUAAUUAACUAUUGAGUUUUGAUUCUACCUGUAUUUGAAAUGUAAGUAACUAACUAGUAACAAAGAAUAAGGUUGUUCUUUGUGACUACCGAUCACAGAAUGAGGAACAAAUUUAUGAGGAAUAAAAUCAAACCAUUUAAACUUAGGUUAAUGUGAUGGAAUAUUAUGCAGCCAUUAAAAAGACCCAGUAACUAUGUGGAAAUAUGGAAAAAUAUUUUAUGAUAUUUAGAAAGAAAAUUAUAUUAGAUUAUAAAAUGUUAGCAGUAUUAUGCUGUCUAUGAAAAUGUGAAUUUAUUUGGACAAGGAUGGGUCAUGAAAAUAGACAAUGAAAAUAGGUCAUAUGUGGGAAAUAUGACUGGGAAUAAUUUUAAUGUAUCUAAAAAAUUAUUUCCUUUAUUGGAACAUACGUAUGUUCAAUAACUAAAAAUCAGGACAUAUAACUAAAUAACUAAAAAACCCAGAAACUUAAAAAAUGUGUAUAUAUUUGUGUGGUAAUAAAAUUAAAACACUAAAGGUAAUGUAGUAUCCUUAUCUUGAUAUAUAGCUUUGGAGUGAUAAGUUAAAAGGCAUUCUUCUCUUAAUAAAGGUAUUUUAA